ACAAGGUGAGAAAAGGUUUGGAAACAGGGCCCACAAUCCUCUUCCGACCUUGUGUGCCAAUUGCCUUUUGCCUUGUACAAGAAUCCACCUCAAGCGUUAAUUUUAGUUUCUCUUUCCUUCUUCGAUCAACUCUUCUCUGAAAAUGAUCACUCUCUUCUGUUUCUUAUUCAAUGAAACCAAAAUUAAAUAAAAAGAAUUUCCUCCUUUUUCGUUGUUAAUUUCCCCAAGAUUUUCUUAUACAGCUAGCUCUCCAUGGUCAGCUUUUCUCCAUGUCAGGUUCCAGCCAUUUGCAUCGGACCCAUCUCCCCUUUUGACCCAUUUCUUCUCCAUACCUUCUCAAAUAUAGGGUUUUUAUGGGGUUUAUGAACCCUUGGAUUUAACAGGUGCACAACAGCUUCACCCGAUCCCUUCCAAUUCCAUUACGUUUAUGCGGAUACUACUUUCUGGCUUUUCACAAUUACGCUCCCUUUUCCUUCUAUUGUUACGAAAUUUGGAAUCAAGGCAUUCUAGGGUUUCUUGCUCUUUGAUAAGUCUCGGUGCUAACUGGGUGCACUGCCCGUCGCUUGAUCUCCUUCAAUUAGAUCAAGCCGAGAAUCUGCUUUCCGGGAUUUUUGAAUUAGGUUCUAUUUUGUUUGAAUUUCAUGGCUUAUGCGACGAUUCCCGGUACCGGUUCGGGAUCAGUAUCAAGUUCGAAUUCCGGGUUUCAGUUUUUGAAUUCCCCUUUUGGAGAUACCACCUAUACCAAGGUCUUUGUUGGCGGAUUGGCAUGGGAGACGCAAAGCGAGACCAUGCGUCGUUACUUCGAGCAGUUCGGAGAGAUUCUCGAAGCAGUCGUGAUCACUGACAAGAAUACAGGCAGAUCGAAAGGCUACGGUUUUGUAACUUUCCGUGAUCCAGAAUCUGCAAGGAGGGCCUGUGCUGAUCCAAGCCCAGUUAUUGAUGGUAGGAGGGCAAAUUGUAAUUUGGCUUCACUUGGGCGGCCUAGGCCAUUUUUGCCUUACGGGCGUCUGAGAUCAGUAACCCCUUACUUUGGAAGUGCACAGACCUCCCGAGGGGCUUAUGUUGGAAGCCCCAGUUACCACCAGCCAGUUUCUUACAGCUACCAACAAGGAUUUGCUUAUUCUCCAUAUGGGUAUACGACAUAUGGACCCGAAUACAUCUACCCACAGGGGGGAUACAAUCCCUAUGUUGGUCAGCAGUACCUUCAGAUAUAUGGUGUACCAGACACAGUUAACACAGCUAUCUACCCAGUUGGGCAAUUGGGUCAGCCUCUUCCUGGCGGUCAUGGAUACACCACUGUUCAAGGGUAUACGAUGCCAGGUCCUCACAUUGUGCAAUUUAGUGGACCGAAUGUCAAUGGAGUAACCACAACACCUAUCUCUACAAUUCAAGCACCAUAUCCUACAGGUGUAGCAGCGCAAGUUCCAGCACAGCCACAGUUCAUAGUUCCUGCUCAUUCUCCUCAGUUCACGCAGGGGAGUGGUUCAGACCAAGCAGCAGGUUGAGGGGCUGAUCGAGAUGAGUACAUCUGAGGUAUCCUUAGAUUGCAGCAGGACUAAGAGCAGCAGUACUGCUACUUGAGUGGCGGGCUUCAUAUCUAGCCUUGCAAGUUAUCAUCUUUGCAUUCUAAAGGUCAUCCAUAGUCAAGGUCACCAGAGAUCCCACAGUUCGAUGUUGAGUCGCUCCUACUGCUAGAACAACGAACAGUGGGGAGUGUGGAUUGUUCUUCCGUUACAUUAGUUUCUAAACCCUCAAUAUCCUGCCGGAGUUUGAGGUCAAGGGCAGAGUUUUAAUGGAUGCUGGAAUUGGUUUCUGGCAGCCAUGUAGGAACCAACGGUGUAUUUGACAUGUAGAAUCAAAAUAUGAUUCUUUCAUCGUCUAAACCCAGUCAGGAUAUAUCGAGUCCUAAAUGGUUGUGUAUGGUGGUUGUGCAUCGUGUUCAAUAUCAAGAGUGCAUAAAACUUUGUGUUGGAGGAAUAUGUUCUGUAAUUAGUCUUCCAUUGUCGGCAAUUAUGUUAUUUCGAGUCCAGGAAGGACUUUGAAAACUCCAAGAAUUAACAAAGGAAAAUAGUCUUUUGAGUGUAUAUUUUCUCGCUA